AUGAAAAAUAAUACACCUCGCCAUGACGAUCGUCGCUCCAUGGUUUCUGUUUCCAGUACUGGCAGUAGUAGCUUGAUGGAGAUAGCAAGUCAACGAUCAGUUGGUGGUCAAGUGCGGAAAUUCACAGCUGCAGUGGGGAAGCCAGGGCAGGCCCGAGAAGCCCGUGAAGCAGUACGAACAGCAAUGAGCACAAUGAACCCGACGCGCAAACGACCAUUAGCGGAACCAUUGGAUUAUGAGAAGUUUUUGGGUGAAAACAGUUCAAUAAUAGAAAAUCUUAGUCAGCGAGAGCUGUUACUGUUUCCGCGCGAUGACUUCACGGAGAUAUCAGUAUCUCCAUUGGAACGUACUGUGAUGCCAUCAUUAAGUGUGCGUGAGGUAACAGAAGCAAAAUGGUUACUUACGCAAGAAGCCCUUGCAUUUUAUACUGCUCCGCAUCGUGUUGAGUUAGAGGGUCGCUGUAGUUUGGAUAUUAUUCGAGAAGGAUUCUUGUUCCUUGUUCCAGAAACUAGUCUUUUGGAUAAUUUCAAGAGCAUGAAGAAACGUUACUGUGUGCUAAGAAAAGAUGAAGAUGGAAAAGUUCUACUAGAAAUGCGAAAAUCACAAUUUGCAGCAUUAACACAUCCACCAAUGAUUGUGCAACAAGCGGCUUUGUCGACUAGUAAAAAGGGCCGAAAUGUUCUUGAAGUGAGUGGAUCUGGUGCAGAAAGGCGUUCAUGGGUUUUGGCAGCUGAUUCUGAUAGCGAUUUACCUCGAUGGUUAAUUGAAAUUGAUCGUGCUUUGGCUGGCGACUGCAAAGAUGGGACGGCUUCAACGAGUACUAACUCAGAACAAGAAUCAUCAAGCAUGGAAACAACAAGAAUGAGUAACGAACAGAUCUCUACAGUAAACAACGAUCCUAGUGAGCUAUUUGGGACUUGUUUUUGGGCUGGACGUAACGCUGCCUCAAAAGCCUUGCAACCGCCUGUUGUUAAAAGACGUUCACUUUUCGCACUGUAUCCUGAUCUUGAUCGAUUAUCAAUGCCAAAAAGUGAAGCGGGUUGUUUGUUGGCGAAUGUUGUUGCGAAUGAGGUAACAAGGCCUCCGGAAAAUAAGGCUGUAGUUCGGUUUAUUGUUGAGUUCCAGAAUUUGAAUAUUAUGUUACCUGUUUCAAGUACAAAUGUGCAACAGAUUGAACCUUUCUUUCUCCGCAUGUUUCUAUACGAUUGUCGAGCUGGUCAGCGAUUGUCCGAGGAGUUUCGAAUUGAUCCGAACAGCGACGGAUUAAUUGCAUCGUUAAAAAUUGGUGGCAGAGAUGGAUUUGGCAAGAGUUCAGUUGAUAAAAGCACGUUGGAAGAAGAUGGUGUUAGUACUUUGUCCCAGCGAAUACUUGCCGAUAAAAACGUUCGAAAGAUUUUAUAUUCAGUUGCUAAACCUCAUCGUGAUAUUUACUUGGUUAUUCGUGUUGAUCGACUACUUUCGGUUGAUACAUCGGCAGAAAUGUAUAUGAAAACAACAAGUGAUUUAAAAGGUGUUGCAAAGCUGCAAAAAGUAAUUCAACAAGCUUGUUCGAGAGCAACUCAGGACAAAAUGUGUUUUGCUUGGGCUGCAAGGCCUGUAUUUCAAGAAAUGUUGGGUUAUGGAACGAAAUCGCCAAAUGAAAUACAACUUUAUCGUUGUGAAGGAAAUAGACUAAGUGACGGCGAUUUGCAGAAAAUUCUCACUGACUUUGGACGAAUUGAAAAAUCCGGAAGAUUAACACAAUUACCGGCGGCAACGAUCAGUGUCAAUAUUGACUUUUCGCCAAAGGCAUCUGAUUUAUCAAUGUGUAUAAAUUCGAGUUUUAUGCCUGUACGUCCGUGGAAUGUAACAUCAGAUAGCCUUGUACCAGCUUGCUUUGAAGCCCAGUGUUUCAGUGAUUUAAUUAGCGAACCACAUACAAGUCUUUUCAAUUUACUCUAUGUAUAUCCAUUAACACUGAAGUAUGAUAGCCAGAAAGCGUUUAGUAAAGCACGUAAUAUCGUGUGUACUAUACGUUUCAUUUCUGUAACCAAAAAAGAAGGCAUAUCAAAAGUCAUUUACAACCGAUUUGCAUCACCUACACCAUUUGUACACAGCAUGCGUUGCUCAGUGCAAUACCACGAACAAAAUCCAGUCUUCAGUGAUGAGAUAAAGAUUCAGCUUCCAGUUUCAUUAGAUACGGGCGAUCAUUUAUUAUUUUCAUUUAGUCAUGUGUCAGUUGCAAGUACCGUUUCAAACAAAUCACAGAACGAGAAUUCUGAUAGUCCUAUUGGAUAUGCUUGGUUACCUCUGUUAAAGAAAGACCGUUUGGUAAUCGAACGCGAUAAUCAGGAGUUUUCUUUAUCAGUGGCUACCGAUUUACCGCACGGUUAUAUAAACUACCAAUCACUAGGAUUUGGAAAAGGGCAUACUGGACCAGAUAUUCGUUGGGUGGAUAAUGGCAGACAGUUAUUUCGUGUUCGCCUGCGGCUUGUUUCUUCAGCAUUUACAACCGAAAAAAAGUUGCAAGCAUUCUUUCAAAGUUGUCAGAGGUUUCAAUGUGCGGGUCUCACUAGUGAUGUAUCGUCAAAAACUAAAUGGUUCACUCUGCCAGGUUCAAUUUCACCAGUUAGCAAUACACCGUCGUCUCCUCCCUCAUUAGUGGUCACGCGUUCCUGUUCACCAUCUUUCGAAAAUCAUGGAUUAUCACAGGAAGAAAAUUUUUGGCAUUACGUAGUACGGAAAAUUGAGGAUCUGUUAGAAGUCGACAUUGAUCAAAUCAUACCAUUCCUGCCAAUAACUUUGAAUCGGUUAUUCACAUUGUUGACAUAUUCGUUUACCGAUGAUAUGGCUCUGAGCACUUUGGGUACGGUGAUUGGUAUUACUGAUAAAAUUGCCGCGGCAGGUCAAAAUCAUCUUUUGCGUACAUUUGUUAUUUAUUAUUUUCAAUCAGCAGCAGUAAGAAGCAAAUCAAGCUCUGACGAUGAAACUGUGCAUUCAGCCUUGUGCAAGCAUAUUACUUCACAUAUCAGCUAUAUUGAGACAGAUAAUGGUUCACUUGCCUUAGUAUUUCGGCAGCUUUGGUUCCUUCUGGUCGUUGUUGCAAAGAGUAUGGUAUUAUGGUUGCUUGAUAUCGGUUUGUAUAAGGUACCAAGAGAAAAUCGUUUUUCACGAGAAUUGCUGUUUAGAAUUGAACAGUUAAUUGAUAAGGUUGUUCUGCUUAUUACAGUAAAACAUCGAGAAAUUCCUCAGGAGUGUCAGUUGGCAAAUUCAGCUAUAGCUUAUUUCUUAAGGUACUGUUUGAGUUUUCUGAAUCGGGGGUCAGUAUUUUCUUGGAUACAUCGCACCAUUGAAAGUAUGGAUGAAAGUUGCUCAAGGACUAUGCUUGAUUAUAAACUGGAAUUUCUGCAAAUAAUUAGCGGUCAUGAACACUGGAUACCACUAUGCUUACCGCUGAUAUGCGACGUUUCCGGAAAUAUUUUUAGGAAAAACAGUUCUUUAAGUACAGAUAGCAUAUUCACGAAUUCUAAUACCGGCAGUCUGUUUACCAAUUUAUUUACGAAAUUUUUUUCAUCUCCGAUAAACAGUGGAAGUGGAAAUGAUUACUUUUGCUAUAGUCGAUGUUCGGAAGAAUUCAUCAUGUCCACUUCAUAUUGCAGACACCACUUUCCAGUUGGUUUAUUAUAUCAGGAACUAGACGCAUCACUUCGUGAACCGCGUGAUUAUCGGCGAAGAGUGAUUGCACUAUUGAGGAACUUAUUUGCAAAACAUGCUAGUGAUAAACGUUAUAUGGAUACUAGUGCUCAAAGUUCUAUUGCUACACUGUAUUCUCCCUUGAUCGGUUUAGUGCUUGAUAAUGCGGCAGAAUUUGAAUCAUCCGCUAAAACGGAUCCACAAAGCCUGUCACCUACCUGUCUUAGUACUACCGGUCGGUCGCUAUCCUUACCAUCACAUGGACUGCUAUCUAAAGUGGGGUGUUCCCUGAAAAGUGUUUCUUCGCAUCAAUCUUAUGCAGAAAAACUCAGUCCUCCUUCAUCUGUACCUCGUAUCGCUGGUUUAAUGGAAAAGUUGGAUCGAAGUGAAUCAAGAGAUUUGAUGUUGUGCACUCUUUAUUUAUUACAUUUCCUACCACGUAAAAUAUUGGCUGCAAUGAUAACUCGUUAUGAAUCGAGUGGUUCGUUGAAUAGUUUCAUCUGUUUAUUGCGUACUGUUCUCGACUUGUUCAGAUAUCACGGCAAAAAUUACACUAUGCAACGGACAUCCAAUAAAAUACGAGGCACACGAAAGACAAUAGUAAUUCUACCGCAUUCCGGCUCAUCCGCUGGAACAUUAGGAACUAAUUCGACAACACUAGAUAGUCACACAUCAAUAUCGAGUGGUUUCAGUUCUCUCGGAAUAGAUCCACUCUCAGCAAAACCAUGCAUUGAAACUGACGUAGGGGGCGCAACUCCAUUUAGCGUAUUGCAGGAAUCAAAUCUGACUCAAGAAAUAGCUUUGAUUGUUUUAGAAACUGUACAAGUUUUGGCCCAGCAUAUUUCGAGCGUUAUUAAAAAUUCGACAAAUCCCGAGGGAAGUAAAAGUUUUUACCAACUGCUUCGUCUGUUGCUGUCACUGUUGGACGAUUACUGGCCAGAAGCUGUACGACAUCACACCCUUGGUGCGCUUGCUGUCUUUGUUGGUUUGUUUCGCAUCCAACUUUUCCAAAGUGGUCCUCUGGACGGCUUGGCGCUAUUGAUCGAAUCACUUUUACUGCAGAUGAACAGUCGACUUCCGAAAAUUCAAAGUGCUGCUACUGCACUUUUACAUCUCAUUCUUAAAAAUGGUUACGACUUCACUUCGAAGACAGUGCGCUUUCCUAUGGCUAAUUUAAAUGCAACAAAAUCCCCGAAAAUAUUCGAUGUGCAGCGACUUGGUCGACCUGGUUCUCAGACUGGCGUCGCAUUAGCUAAACUACUUGGGAGGAAAGUUCCUCUUACCAAUAAAAGCCGUUUCGAACACGGGCUGGAAAUUUUGGAAAUAUUAGUGAAACCUCAGUCUGGAACCAGACCAACAUAUUUUGAGCGAGGAGUGGAAGAAUUAAUUCAACAAUUGCGAGGUGUCCUUUCGGCGACUGAUGCUCUUGCGAAAGCUGUUGACGACCCCAUUCGGCUGGCAGAUUUACAUGUACAGCUCGCUGAUAGCUAUCGAGGAUCGGCAGCGUUAAGAAGUGCUUGGUUUGAGACACUUGCUGAAACACACAUUCGUGAGCGUUGGUUUUCUGAAGCAGCUGUUUGUGAAGCUCAUGUCAUUGCUAUCAUUGGUCGGGAGCUUGCUAUCAAUGGAUGUGCGAAAAUUGACUGGGAUUUGCUGGCUUGUAUCAAUGAUACGAUAGUCAAGGAGGAGAUUGUAAAUGAUACAGAUUCAGAAAUUAUACAGCAAGCAGGAUUCAGUUUGGAUACUUUCACCACAAAAGUAGAAAAAUUAGUUCAAACGUUAAUCAUGGCUGAACGAUAUGAAGCAGUGGGACCGGUUUGUCGUUUAGCAAUUCCAAUAUAUGAACAACAAAAAAAUUACCGAGCUUUGGUUGGUAUAUAUGCCGAAUUGCAACAAACAUUUGCCUUAGCUGAUCAAAUGAAAGUCAGUGGCAAACGACAUCUUGGAACGUAUUUUAAAGUACUUUUCUAUGGACCUAAACAUUUUGGGGUGCAACACGCUACUGAAUGGGUUUAUCGUGAAGUAGGUCAUACCUCGUUGGCAGAAGCCUGUGAGCGUAUGACGGAUGCAUGCCGUUGUAUUCUUGGCCAUAAUCGAGUACAAAUUAUUGCAGGAAGAGAAAUUGAUGAAACCAAAUUGGAUGAAUCGAUAGCUUAUGUACAAAUGAUGCAUGUUGAACCCUGCAUGAAUGGUUAUGACGUUAGCAGCUAUGAAGCUCAUACAAACAUGCGAGAUUUCUUUUAUGAAAUAUCGAUGAUUGAUGAAAAAGUGGCAGCUAAUGCACCCCAAGUCGCUCGACAAGCACUUAAACGUAUUUUUAUUACAGGUGAAAUAGAAGAUAGCUUCCCGAAUACACGACGCCGUUCACGUGUCGUGAAUCAGUCUGAAACAUCGUUGUCACCGUUGGAAUUAGCAUGUGAUAAAUUGAUUUUCAAAUCAAAACAAUUGCGACGAAUAUUAGACGCAGCUUCAGCCACUGGUGAGCCAACAAGACGUCUGGAUGUCAAAGGAUUGCAAUUGUUGUUGCAGGGCGCUGUGCAACCUACUGUGAAUGUUGGUCCUCUUGCCUAUGCAGAAGCAUUUACUACACCAACGCAGAAAAUUCUUUAUGGCCGAAGUGGUAUUGAAAAAUUGGCUGAUGCGUUCAGAUCUCUUGUAUCGGUUUGUGCAGAAGCUUUAGAAGCAAAUGAAGCGGCCAUUGGUGAAGAUCAAGUUGAAUACCAUAACAUGCUGAAGAAUGCAUUUGCAGCAAUGAUGGAAAGGCUGAACGGCUAUUUUGGUGACAUCGUUUCCUUAGACGGUGAUAAAGUUGACAAGCCAUCUACAUCGUCUCCAGAUGAAAUCAGUUCGAGGAACUCCAUGCACAUUCUGGACUCCAUCGGCGGAAUUAGCAGUUGA